AUGCUGAGCACGCCACCUCAUACAACUCAUAAAUUGCAGCCGUUGGACAGGACACUUUUUAAACCUUUUAAGUCUGCAUUUGCAACUGCAAGUUCAGCAUGGAUGAGGCGAAAUCCUGCAGCUAGAAUCACUGACUAUGAUAUUGCUGCACUUGUGGACGAAGCCUUUAGCAGAGCAGCAAGGUUGGAUAUAGCACAAAACGGAUUCAAGUGCACAGGAAUUUAUCCAUUUAACCCUGAAAUAUUUACUGACAUUGAUUUUUUACCAUCAAUGGUGACAGAUGUGAUGCAAGAAGUUUCUUCCAAAGAAAAUAUGGCCAAUCAGUUCUCAGUAGCACAUUCUUCGCCAGUGCCCUCCACUAGUCAUGCAUUACCUGCAAAUGAACCGGAGCCUUCAACCAGCUCAACAGAUAUAUUGUAA